CGGAGAGCGUUGAAAGUGUGACCUCAGGUACGACGGCGCAUUGUUUCACAACUCGACGACAACUCUGAACUGGAUAUACUUGAUAAACGACUUCACACACACACACGCACACGAGGAAAGAUUGAAGACGUGAAUCCGUUGUCCCAGACAGCUGCACAGUAAAGCCUCAGACCUAAAACCGGAUCGCUUCAGUCCUCACCUGUCCAGCUGAUGGCAUGCCGAUCUCCCGCCCACCACAGAGGGCGAGUCUGAAUGGCGCCCUAGUCCUUCCCCUCUGCUUCCUGUCCACAACUCUUCUCUGAUCGCACGUCCACCAGAUAUCUCAGCAUGGAUACCGUGACCGAGGACAAAGAGGGGUGCUACUUCAACCGCACCGUCAAAUUUUUCUACGAGGAGAGUGGCAAGAACAUCAGCGACCAUUGGCGCAGACGUGACUAUGUGAUCGUCACGCUGGGCAUGACGGUCUGCUUCAUUGUCAUCUUUUCCAACCUUUUGGUCAUAGGGGCCAUUUUAAAAAACCGGCGCUUUCACUUUCCCAUCUACUACCUGUUGGGUAAUCUGGCCUUGGCGGACCUCUUCUCAGGUAUCUCCUACCUCCACUUGAUGUUUCAUACUGGUCCUUGGACCAUUAAGCUGUCUAAGCACCAGUGGUUUGUGCGGCAGGGGCUGAUCGACACCAGUCUGACAGCCUCAGUCCUCAACCUCUUGGCCGUGGCCGUGGAACGUCACCAAACCAUCUUCAACAUGCAGCUGCACAGUAAGAUGAGCACCCGGCGGGUCUUCAUCAUCAUGCUGUUCAUCUGGCUGGUGGCGAUAAUCAUGGGCCUGGUUCCCACCAUGGGCUGGCACUGCCUUUGCGACCUGCCGAACUGCUCCACCAUGGCGCCGCUGUACAGCCGCAGCUACUUGGUGUUCUGGGCCCUUCUCAACCUGCUGACCUUCUCCGUCAUGCUGGCCGUCUACACCCGGAUCUUUGUCUACGUGAGGCACAAGAGCAAGCAGAUGUCGCAGCACACCUCCCAGAUGAGAUACAGAGAGACGGUGUUCAACCUGAUGAAGACCGUCUCCAUGAUCCUAGGCUGUUUUGUUAUCUGCUGGACUCCCGGCCUGGUUGUGCUGCUGCUCGACGGUCUGGGCUGUGAAAAGUGCAAGGUGCUACGCUACGAGAAGUACUGCCUGGUGCUGGCCGAGUGCAACUCCUUCGUCAACCCCAUCAUCUACUCCUUCAGGGACAAAGACAUGAGGAGGACCUUCAAGGAGAUCCUGUGCUACCCGUGGCGGCGUGACAGCAAGGACCAAGGCAACUCGGGAGCUCACUUUAACACCCUGGAGCACGAGAGCUAUAAGCCUCGCACUGCUGCGCCGAGGAGCAACGGGAUGCUUCUCACCCGCGAGGGCUCAGAAGACACACCUGCCUCUUCAGAGAAAUCGAAUUAACUUAAACUACGACGAACUUUCAACACACACGGAAGACGUGCAUGCGCACGCGUCUCGGCGAAAUCUACAGAUCUCUCGGUGCACAUAAUAAACCAGCCUUAGGGUCUGUUUCUCCUCAGUCGGCAGACUGUUGUGACAGGAUCAAAAACUGUUUAUUCUAUAAAAAAAGGAAUGAGAUGUUUAACUCUGCCGCCAGCGGACAGGAGUUAUUCUGUUUGCGUCUGACAGAGCUAAGAUGGCCGUGGGGCAAAGAAGAAUUGAUUAACUUCUCGUAUCGGUCGGCAAGCCGGGUGGUGGACGUGUCUUCUAAUUGAAAGAGGAGCAAGCGGCCGGUUUGCACUCCAUCGACUUUCAGCAGACGCAAGGAGACACACCCCCCCCCCCCAUGUUAUUCACAUAACAUGGGGGACACUGACAUUUCCUGUUUGGACUAAACCACCUGCCAGUUUUUCCCCCGAAUCAGAUGGUGGUAGAGGAGGCAGCACUAAAACUGCCGCGGAGCAACCACAACAUGUAGGCAGCGCACGGAAAGAGUGACUGACCGAAAGUGUGUGGACUGUUGCGUAGCAGAAAGCGAGGGGGCCUGACACAGAUGCCUUAAUGUGCGUGUGUAUACUCGGAUGUCAGUUUGUUAGGCACACCUGGCUGCAGAGUUUUAAUGCAGUCCUGCAGUAAAGUCCUCCCCCUUCACGAAGGUUAAGAUGUUCAGUAGUCGUUGUCAUGGUUUUAGAGAGGGGCUGAUUGAACUUUAUGAUAAGUUUACUGGCUGCAGGUCGUGGUGUUGUCGAACUGUGUUACGGUAUACGGAGAGGCCUUUCUGUUAUUUAGUCUACCCUCAUUGGUUUUAUAUAUAGAUAUAUAUAACUAUAUAUAGAUAUAUAGAGAGAGACAUCAAUAUAUAGAUAUAGGGUGGACAAAAUAAUAGAAACACCUGUCAGUAAAAUGCAGUAAUGAACUGCUGCCUCCAAAAUGAUCAAACAGUUGAUUCAACAUCUCUAAAACCGUUUCAGCAAGAUCUGAACUUUAUAACCUUCACGAAGGGAGGGUUUAUUACAAGACUGCUUUAGUUAUGGCCAGGUGUACCUAAUAAACUGGCAACCGAGUGUAUGUAUAAUCACUGAAAUUUGUUUUUUGCCAGGGGUCAUGUGCGCCUAGGACACUGCACAAAAAGGCCCCUGUCGCCUCAUAGAGGAGACCCAAUACCACUCUAUACUCCAUUCUUUUAUAAAGGGGUUAUCAGUUAUAAAAAAAAAAAAGGAUUUGUAAAUGGUUAAUAGAUCAUUUUGAAAUGCUUUAUUCAUUCCUCAUAUUCAACCGGUAAGAGCAACAUUUAGGCUGCCAGGUUUUGAGAAAACGUGUAGAAUUUGUAACCCUGUCUUAAAGUCGUCUUGUAAAGUUUAAAGUUUUUCUUUAUAGAAAGCGUUGCCAAAAGCCAUGUUUCCGUUUCUAUGUUAACACUUCAGAACCAGAAUCCUCUUCUUUGGUUAAUGACUCUGGUUACAUCGUUACAAAUAUUUGGAGUUAAGGUAUUUACAUUUUUUUUAACCCUGAAAUUUUAAGUGCACGCAUGGUGGACGUUUUUACCCUUCACAAAGUGGAAGAGACGCAAAUCUCCUGAUGUGAAUGUGAAAGGAUUUUUUUUUCUGGAUUUUACUUCUGAUUUUACACUGACUUGUAACUUAAUGGAUCCGAUCCUGUAUGUGCCCUAAUGCAGGCACCUCUGGUUAAAACUCAGCAGUUGUUUUGUUUUGUUCUGUCGUGGCAGUAUGAGAGUUUGCCAUCAACUCUUCAAGAUUUUAUUUUUUUAUUUGUAUUUUUUUUUUGCUGCUGAAACCGUGGUGUUUGCAUCAUGUAAAUAGUUUCUAUGCUAGAAUGAAACCAUACGCCUUUUGAACAUUGUCUGCAAUUUAAAACUUUUAUUUAUGAUCACAUUUUUUUGUAGUGUACAGAUAUUAUGUACAGUAUUUACUGCACUUAAGCAGAUUUGUCAUCAGAGGCAAGUCAAAAAAACAACAUAAAGGGAAAUCAAGCUUGUCACUUUUCAUUAUGAUUGUACCCAGAAAUGUUUAAAUCUUGAAGUAAUACCUUUUUUUUUUUUUU